UCCCCCUCACAUUCUUCCCCUACCUGCCCGCCUGAGAUUGAUGAAUUAUAAAGAUGAAGUUAGUUUUUACUUUGUCAGAACAUAAAAGGCGACCUUCUUUAUAGAUUAUAAACAAUAUUUGGAUGAGCUUUUUGUGAUAUCCGGAAUAAUCAAGGUUAAUUGACUGAAGCGUUAUCAGCCGAGCCAAAGGCCGAGGCUGAUAACAUUUUCCUAGACCUUGAUUAUUCAGGAUAUCAGAAAAACCGAGACUAAUAAUUAUUUUGUUUUGAAUAACACUGCAUCGCUGACGAACACUUGUCAGUUUGACAUUACUCUUGGAAAUCAUGCAUUUCGCACGUAACACUAAUCUGCUGCUUACGACCACCUCGGUUAUUAUGGUCACUUUUUUUGGCCUGGAAAAACGGCCAUACAUUUUCUUGUGAAAAAACGUUCGUUAAUCACCCGUUAAUACCGCCACCGGCGUCAGAAAUUUCGAGCUGAGCUUGUUUUUGAACUGUUUUUAGACUAUAGUGACUUACAAUACAUUGGUGGAAGUCUAGUAGCCGAUUUUUAUAAGUGUUUUAUGUUCUGAAGGAAAGUUUCAAGUAGCUUUUACCAAAUUUAGGGUACGCGAUAUCUAUAUUCCUGUUGUUUAUUAAAAAGAACACAGUUGUAAAAGAAGUGCGAAUGCGGUUUAAGGUGUAUUUGUCAUUACGUUCAUUUUGUCAUGAAAUUUGACUCUGCCUCGGUGAUACGGCCAAAUUUUUUGUUGCCCAUUGGUGACCGUAAUAACGGGGACUGUACCUAAACUUAAAGUUGCCCUGAUUUCCAAAAUAAACUGUAGGCUCUUAGCCAAUCAUGAGACGACAGAUAGUAAAUAUGAUGUGUAAUAAUUAAACUUAACACAGUGUGCGGUUCGCUGACAGUGCGGAUGACAACGGUAAACUGGGAGGUGGAACGGAAAAGUAUAAGACCAAGAUUGUUAUUAACUCCAGCGGUUAUUGUAACUGGAUGGCACCUGCGAUAUUUCAGAGCUCCUGUGACGUAAACACGGAAUACUUUCCUUUCGACGAUCAGGUUAGUCAAGCGAUAAAAAAAACUUAUCCUGGGUAUUCGUUAUAAAGGUCUUAACAUGCGUUAUGAAGGAAACAAAAUGUUAUCUGCAUCGGCCCAAACUGCAUUAUAUCAACAGAGAACAUGAGAGAAAAGCGAAAGUGUGAAAAGACAACAAAAACAACAAAACAACAACAAAGAAAUGAAUCCAGCCAAAGGAGGCAGGAGGCAGGAGGCUUGGAACCGAGGCUAAUUCUCCAGACAAAAAGGGUGACCUCACAUCUGAAUUCGGGUGACGACUGGGAACAAGAGCAUUAGGCUGUACUUAGCGCACAUGAGUCAAGUGUAGUUCAUCUUUAGUUAUUUUCUAGUCCAACUCCGUGUUGUAACAAUUUAUUUCAUCCCUUUGAUAAGUUUGUUACAAAUGAGCUCUUUGCUCGCAACCUCGUCCCCAGGGCUUUUCCCUAAAAAAAGAAAAGCCCUGGGGACGAGGUUGCUCUGCUCGUCGAUCUAUGAGGAAAACGGCUUUCAAUAAGAAUGACCGAGACUAGGUUUUAUGAGCCCGCGAGACUGAGCACCCCAAACAAACCUUUACUAAACCGCUGGACGUCACAACCAGGUUGAGGUGGUCAUUGUUAUCUAAGGUCUUCCAUCUAUGAGGUGGUAAAUCUAGACAUCUAACAUAUACUUGGCGCUGAACCUUUAGAGUGGUUUUCACUUGACUGUCGUAAAACCAAAACCAAAGUAAAUACACUAGCCAACCAAAGGGCGUAGUAAAACCAAAACCAAAACCAAAACCAAUCCCUUUCGACAGUGAAGUGAAAACCGCUCUAUUGGCAAUGUUUGAACUUAGACUGACUUGCUUAUAAAGAAAAGAAAUCAAACUAACCAUCCUUGUAAAGUACAUGUGUGACGCAUACAGUGGCCCAUACACGACUACCUCUGUUUUCUCUUUUUAUCGAAAACAGACACUACAAGGUUAGAAUACUUCCUUGGGACCAUUGUUUUUUUUUCAGAUUUGCUCACUCAGGUUUGGUUCAUGGGCGUUUGACGGAGGCGAGCUGGAUAUGGUGGUAGAUCACUCUGAGACAGGAGUAAAGAAAGGAACAUAUCAAAACAAUACUGAGUGGGAAAUGAUGAAAGUUACAGUUGAAAGAAAAGAGGUGAGUAUUAAAAUGUUUUGUCUGUAGGUCCAAGGGCUCUGCCAUACAAGUUACAAUUACUAAAAUCGUUAUCCGAAUUUAGAUUCAAAGCGAAAGAUCACAGGUUUAAUUCCGGCCACAACAACACCACGUAAUACUGGAUGGCAUUAAUUUGUUGGUCAGAACCCAUGCCGUUGUAGCUUUUCUGAUCAAGCCAAGUCUUAACCUCUCAUUAAAAAAGAUUUACAAAAUCAGGAAUUGCCGGGCUCAAAGAAAGUCGGGACUGUGACUUAGACAAUGAUUGAUUAGCAGUUGACUCUCAGUUUACAAGAAUGAGCACCAGAAGCACUUAACUUGUUGUCUUUUCAGCUUUAAACUCUUCCAAAGACGGCUGUCAACAAAUUCCUUUUCGUUUUCGCGCAACGUCAGUUGCUUAAUUUUUAAGUUGUUUAACAGUUUCAGUUAGAGUAAUGAUGUCAUAGUUUUAAGCAGUGAUGGAUUUUGAGCAAUAAAUCUCGGGAAAAGCAACAGGAUCGUGUGAUCUGAUUUGCAAAAAAACCAUGCCCCUAGUCUAGCAAAUUCCAAGUAGCUUCUGUAUGACUGACUGUUUGCCCUUUUUUAAAAGCAAUGGUACAGCUGCUGUAUCCACCCUUAUCCCAGCGUGGUCUUGUCGCUGCAUCUCAGACGACGCUACUAUUUCUACAUGGUCAAUUUAGUGGUGCCCUGUUCUCUCAUCGCUUUAAUGGUCCUGCUCUCUUUUAUUUUACCGCCGGAGUCUGGGGAGAGAAUUGGCUUGGGUAUCACUGUGCUGAUGGCGAUGGCAAUUUUCCAGGAACUUACGUCAAAUAAACUUCCAGCCGACUCUAAUUACAUUCCAUUGUUAGGUAAGGGACUGAGAUUAACAGCGGCAGGCCUGUCAAAAGAGGGAGUUUUAGAUGUCAAUACGGCGACGGCAACGAGAUCGUCAAAAGAGCAAUCGGUUUUUGUUAGCAAAACAAGUUUGCACGGGCAUCACGCUUUUUUGUACCUUUCUUUGCCGUCACUGCACGACUACGACGUGAAUUGCCUAAUUUCACUUUUCAUCGACAACGUGAACAUACGACGACGAAUUUUUCUUUCUCUCUAUAAACUUGAAUAUUCCUCUUAAGAAUUCAACUCCAGGAAAGUUCGCCUACAUUGGACAAAGUGAGCAUUUUGGGAUAAUCGCACUUCAGUUUUAAAGAACGCGAAGUCGUUUUUUAAGUGUCGUUUUCGCCGAGCUGUUAGAUCGCUAGAAUCAACCUUGUCUUUAGGGCCUUUCCAAAAGCAAUCCGGAGGCCCUGAGUUCAUCAAUCCCUGUCCCAACUGCUAUCUGGUUUAAUGCAAUUGUGUUAUCCUCAGUUACAAAGUAACUCGGCUUUUAGUAGCAACAUACCGGAUGCUAAUUGAGCGUUUUCACAUGACGUCACGGCGGCCAUAUUGGUGUUCCAAAACAAUAAAACGGUGGCCAUGAUGGUGUUCCAAACCAAUCCUGUGGGAGUUGAUCUCUUUUCUUAUAUGUAAACACUUUCGUUUGUUUUAAUAAAUUUGCAUGCAUGCAGAUGCUGGUCACGUGAUUGAAAACGCUUUAUAGCUCGCAAAUUCAGUGAUGAAGUUGGCUUUUGUUCGCAGCCCCGUUUUAAUGAGGCUGCAAAAUUGCAGAAUUUUCACUCUGUCAUUGAUUUUCGCUGUCUUAGACUGAAUUCUGUUUCUUUAUCUUACAGCCAAAUACUAUUCCACUGCUAUUACCGAGAUUGGUUUGGCUUUGUUCGCCACCUGUGUUAUUUUGAACUUUUACUACAAGCAAGACACCAUGCCUAACUGGCUCAAACUGUUUAUGUUUCGGAUUCUGGGACGUUUAGUCUUAAUAAAGUACGAAUUCAAAGUAAAAAAGAAGAAAAAAAGAAAUCGAAAAGAACUUCUCAUUGAGGAGAACUGUGAACUGCCCGAACUUACGGGAAAUAAGUACUCGGGGCCUUACGAUGUGGGAAAAAUGAGCACGAUAAAUGAGAACAACUGUGAAGAAAAUGGUUCCUACACUGACCCUGAGCAGCGGCCGCCCGUACAACGCAAGCGCACAAGAACACGAAGUUUGAUUCGCGCGGAGACACCACUUCUGAGUGACAGGGAGGCCAAUAGUCACCAUCAUGAGCAUUGCAUUCUCGAGCCAGAUCACGAGAAACAGGACGAUGAACUUAACAAAAACCGCGCCGACUGGCAAAUGGCCGCGAAGAUCCUGGACCGACUGGUGCUAGUACUGGGGAUUGUGAUCAGUAUUGCAACCUUUCUGGCAAUAUUUCUGCAAGCACCAAGGGUGCGGGCAAUUUUUUUUUGA